AUGGAGCUGGUGCUGAUCUUUCUUUGCAGCCUGCUGGCUCCUGCAGUCCUCGCCAGUGCAGCUGAGCAGGAGAAAGAUGAGGACCCUUUUCAUUAUGACUAUCAGACCCUGAGGAUCGGGGGCCUGGUGUUUGCUGUGGUCCUGUUCUCGGUGGGAAUCCUCCUUAUCCUAAGUCGGAGGUGCAAGUGCAGUUUCAAUCAGAAGCCCCGGGCUCCAGGAGAUGAGGAGGCCCAGGUGGAGAACCUCAUCACUGCAAACGCAACGGAGCCUCAGAAAGCAGAGAACUGA